UCCCGCCGGGAAUUCUGGGAAGCGUAGUCCAGGGGGGGGUUUCUGUAGGCAGAGUCGCUUCCGCUCCAGGUACGCGAGGCCGCGGCCUUCGUUCCUCCGCGAAAGGUGUCCGCCUUUCCCUGGGAAAAGGAGGAGAAAAUGAUCAAGUUCCAGGAGCCGGUGAUGUUCAAGGAUGUGGCCGUGGUCUUCAGUGAGGAGGAGCUGGGGCUGCUGGGCCCCACCCAGAGGAAGCUGUACCGAGACGUGAUGCUGGAGAACUUCCGGAACCUGGUCUCUGUGGGGAAUCAGCCCUUCAAACCGGAGCUUAUAUCCCAGUUGGAGAGAGAAGAAAAGCUGUUGAUGAUGGAGACAGAAAGCCAGAGAGAUGGGUGUUUAGGAGCCAAGAGUCAACAUAAUAUGGAGAGUAGUCAAGCAGUGGGAUUAGGCUACAUUUCCCCCAAAGAGCCUUCUUCCCGGAAGACCUGGCAACAAAGUACAGGCGGGUUAACCAGGUGUCAAGAUGCCAUGAAAAAUUUUCAAAGGAAUAUUUCUCAGUUGCAAAACCGAGGUGAUUUCCCCUGCCAGGUUUGGGCAGGAGUGCCAGUUCAUGUUCCUGAAGAUGAGAACUAUAUAUUGACUCAUAUAGAGGAUGUUUCCAAUUGCAUAAAAAGUCAAGAAUUUCCAUCUUGGAGAGCCCAGCAUUCUUGGAGGAAAAUGUAUCUGACAGAGUCACAUAAUUAUCAGUGUAGGUGUCAGCAAAUUUUGAUGAAAAAUAAUUUCUGUAAGUGUGACAGCACCAGUUGGAUCACACCACACAAUGAUAAUCUGGGAGUACACAGAUCAGAAAAAAUUUACAGCUGCCAUGACUGUGGAGAAAACCUCAUGAAGGUUUCACUGCUUAAUCAAGACUUAAUCAAAACAGGGCAAAAGCCCUACUCCUGUAAUGAGUACAGAAAAGCCUUCAGUGACGACUCCAACUCUGAAGUUUAUCAGCAGUUACACUUAGAAGGGAAAACCCAUACCUACAGUCCAUGUGGAAAGGGCUGUAGUUAUAGUUCAGUUCUUCAUAUUCAUCAAAGUGUUCAUAGAAGAGAUGAUUGUGUUUUUGAGAGUUCACCUCUGCAAUCCCAUCAGAGAGUACAUACAGAAGAGAAGCCAUAUAAAUGUGGAUAUGGUGAGAACUUCAGUCAGCCCUCCUCUCUCAAUACUUGUGGACUUGUUCACACGGGACAGACGUCCUAUAGAUGCAAUAUUUAUGAGAAAGCCUUCAAUCAUAGCUUAGACCUUAAUAGUAUUUUUAGGAUCCAUACUAAGGAGAAACCCCAUGAAUAUGAGGAGAAUGGGGGUGUCUUUAAUCAGAGUUCUUGUCUCCAAGUCUACCAGAAAAUUCACACUGGAGAGAAACUAUACACAGAUGUAGAAUAUGAGAAGGGUUUUCUUUGUAGCUCAAAUCUUAACAUUCAGCAUAGAGUUCACAUGGAAGAGAUUCCUUAUAGUUCUGAGGAAUGUGGUAAUAACUUCAGUCUGGACUCACAUUUGCAGGACCUUCAGAUAGUCCAUACUAGGGAACAACCAUAUAAACAUUAUGCAUGUGGUAACAGCUUCAGCCAAAAUUCAUAUCUUCAAGGUCAUCAGAAAAUUCACAUCGGAGAGAAAGCUUACAAGGACUGUGGGAAUGGCUUCAGUUGGAGUUCAAAACUGAAAGAUCAUCAGAGAGUCCACACUGGAGAGAAACCGUACAAAUGCAAUGCAUGUGGUAAAGGCUUCAGUCAUAGAUCAGUUCUUAAUGUUCACCAGAGAGUCCACACAGGAGAGAAACCUUAUAAAUGUGAGGAGUGUGAUAAAGGAUUCAGUCGGAGUUCAUACCUUCAAGCCCAUCAGAGAGUCCACACUGGAGAAAAACCAUACAAAUGUGAAGAGUGUGGGAAGGGCUUCAGUCGCAAUUCAUACCUUCAAGGCCACCAGAGAGUUCACACUGGAGAAAAACCAUACAAGUGCGAGGAGUGUGGGAAGGGCUUCAGUCGGAGUUCACACCUUCAAGGCCACCAGAGAGUUCACACUGGAGAAAAACCAUUCAAAUGUGAGGAGUGUGGGAAGGGAUUCAGUUGGAGCUUUAAUCUUCAAAUUCAUCAGAGGGUUCAUACAGGAGAGAAACCCUAUAAAUGUGGAGAAUGUGGUAAGGGCUUCAGUAAGGCCUCAACCCUCCUGGCCCACCAGAGAGUCCACACAGGAGAGAAGCCAUACCAAUGUGAUGAGUGUGGUAAGAGCUUCAGUCAGAGAUCUUAUCUUCAAAGCCAUCAGAGUGUCCACACUGGAGAGAGACCAUAUAUAUGUGAGGUGUGUGGGAAGGGCUUCAGUCAGAGAGCAUAUCUUCAAGGUCAUCAAAGAGUCCACACUAGAGUGAAACCAUAUAAAUGUGAGAUGUGUGGGAAGGGUUUUAGUCAGAGUUCACGUCUUGAAGCACAUCGGAGGGUCCACACAGGAGGGAAACCAUACAAAUGUGAGGUAUGCACAAAGGGCUUCAGUGAGAGUUCACGUCUUCAAGCGCAUCAGAGGGUCCACACAGAAGGGAGGCCCUAUAAAUGUGAACAGUGUGGUAAAGGUUUCAGUGGGUUUUCAAGUCUUCAAGCUCAUCACAGAGUCCACACUGGGGAAAAACCAUACAAAUGUGAGGUGUGUGGAAAGGGCUUCAGUCAGAGAUCAAACCUUCAGGCUCAUCAGAGAGUCCACACAGGAGAGAAACCAUACAAAUGUGAUGCGUGUGGUAAGGGUUUCCGUUGGAGCUCAGGUCUACUUAUUCAUCAGAGAGUCCAUAGUGGUGACAAAUUCUAUAAAAGCGAAGAGUAUGGUAAGGAUUAUCCUUCAUCAGAGAAUCCAUACAGAAAUGAAGAUCUAUAAAACCGUUAUAUUUGUUUUGAAGUCCUCAAAUGGGAACUGAAAUUUUCCACUCCCUAGAGUUCUUAUAGUAGACAAAAUUUCUUUCAUGAAAAUGUUUCUGCCCAGCCUCAACAUUCAUAAUAGUCAGGAGACCACACUAUGGAGACAUCUAACAAGAGAGUCUCCAUAAGGGGUUUUCUCACAAUUUUAAGAUUCAUUGCAUGUGACUUGUACUAGAGUACAGACCAGAGUAACAAAAGUACAGUGAAGAGCGUGCCUAAAUCUAUGUUUACUCUAAUGUAAGCUUAAUGAGAAAAGGGGCUUCACUUAUUUACUGAGUUUUUAAAACCAUGACAUUGCAUAACUCAGUGUAGGUGCUCAGUACUUUUUACUAAAUAACUAAAAAUGUAUAAAAGUGUCAUGUUUGAAAAUUUUAUUAAGCUUAUUUACCCCAACAAGAUCAUUUAAAAAUGUAUUUGGAGGAGGAAUCCUGCAAGUAACCUUAACAUAAGCACUUCAAGUGGGAAAAUAUUUGAAAUGUAGAAUAUCAAGCAAUAUUGUCAUCUGAAAUUACACGAAUUGGGUUGUAACCCUGUUGAGAUUGGUUCCCAUCCUUUGUCUUGUCUUAAACAGGGAUGAGCUGAAUUCUUAUCAUUUGGUCUCUUUCUAUACAGUAUUCCAUCAGUUUAAGUUUAGCGCUGUGUGUGUGUGUGUGUGUGUGUGUGUGUGUGUGUGUGUGUACACAUAUGUGCACUUUAAAUGACAGUACAAAUUGAUAAACAAUGUUUCUGGUUGCACUGCAUUUUACAUAAUUGACUUUUUACUCCUGCCCUGUGUGUUAAGACAGAGUUUUCCUGUAAUAUUUGCAAAGUGUCAGAAAUGGUUGCUAAUGAAAAGUACUUUCUUAAUAAAUGUCAAAAUUACAAUA